CACGGAGGACUGGGAACCUCAGAAAAAAGAGAGAAGGGCGAAGGGCUGGGGGAGAGAAGAGGGAGGGAGGCGUGGGUGAGGGAGGGAGAAGGCGAUCCGCUGCGAAUUGGAGCCCGCACAGGAACUGAAGCCCAAGCCCCAGCCGGGCAGCAGGAGACGGCCGCCGGGACCCGUCGACCCUGCAGAAUGCGUCUCCGGCUGCUCUGCAUCCUCCUGGCCGCUAUCUCUGGAGCCCGGGGCUGGGGCUACUAUGGCUGCGACGAAGAACUGGUUGGACCCCUAUACUAUCGAUCCCUGGGUGCCUCCUCCUACUAUGGGCUCUUCACUGCACCCCGCUUUGCCAGGCUACAUGGUAUAAGCGGCUGGUCUCCCCAAACUGGGGACCCAAAUCCCUGGCUCCAAAUAGACUUGAUGAAGAAGCACCGAAUCCGGGCUGUGGCUACACAGGGCUCCUUUAACUCCUGGGACUGGGUCACACGUUACAUGCUGCUCUAUGGUGAUCGUGUGGACAGCUGGACACCUUUCUACCAGCAAGGGCACAACUCGACCUUCUUUGGGAACGUGAAUGAAUCGGCAGUGGUGCGCCACGACCUGCACUACCACUUCACGGCGCGAUACAUCCGCAUCGUGCCCCUGGCCUGGAAUCCACGCGGCAAGAUCGGCCUGAGGCUGGGCCUCUAUGGCUGCCCUUACAAGUCGGACAUACUUUAUUUCGAUGGCGAUGAUGCCAUUUCGUAUCGCUUCUCGCGCGGGGUUAGCCAGAGCCUGUGGGACGUGUUCGCCUUCAGCUUUAAGACCGAAGAGAAAGACGGGCUCCUGCUCCACGCAGAAGGCGCCCAGGGCGACUAUGUGACACUCGAACUGCAGGGGGCGCACCUGCUGCUGCAUAUGAGCCUGGGCAGCAGCCCUAUCCAGCCAAGGCCGGGUCACACUUCUGUGAGUGCUGGAGGUGUCCUCAAUGACCAGCACUGGCAUUACGUUCGAGUGGACCGAUACGGCCGAGAUGUCAACUUCACCCUGGAUGGCUAUGUGCAGCGCUUCAUACUCAAUGGGGACUUUGAGAGACUGAACCUGGACAAUGAGAUGUUCAUCGGGGGUCUGGUGGGUGCCGCCAGGAAGAAUCUUGCCUACCGUCAUAAUUUCCGAGGCUGUAUAGAAAACGUUAUCUUCAACCAAGUCAACAUUGCGGACCUGGCCGUGAGGCACCAUUCCCAGAUCACCUUCGAGGGGAAGGUGGCUUUCCGAUGCUUGGACCCAGUCCCUCACCCCAUCAACUUUGGAGGGCCUAACAACUUUGUGCAAGUGCCUGGUUUCCCGCGAAGAGGCCGCCUUGCGGUCUCUCUGCGCUUCCGCACCUGGGACCUCACUGGGCUCCUGCUUUUCUCCCGCCUGGGCGAUGGGCUGGGCCACGUAGAGCUGAUGCUCAGUGAAGGGCAGGUUAAUGUGUCCAUUGCCCAGACUGGCAGAAAGAAGCUUCAGUUCGCAGCUGGAUACCGCCUGAAUGAUGGCUUUUGGCAUGAGGUGAAUUUUGCAGCACAGGAAAACCAUGCAGUCAUCAGUAUUGAUGAUGUGGAGGGGGCAGAGGUCAGGGUCUCCUAUCCACUGCUAAUCCGUACAGGGACCUCGUAUUUUUUUGGAGGUUGUCCCAAGCCAGCCAGUCGAUCGGGCUGCCACUCCAACCAGACAGCAUUCCAUGGCUGCAUGGAGCUGCUCAAGGUGGAUGGUCAACUGGUCAACCUGACUUUGGUGGAGCACCGGCGGCUUGGAUACUAUGCUGAGAUCCUCUUUGACACAUGUGGCAUCACUGACAGGUGCAACCCUAAUAUGUGUGAGCAUGAUGGACGUUGUUACCAGUCUUGGGAUGACUUCAUAUGCUAUUGUGAACUGACAGGCUACAAGGGGGAGACCUGCCACCAACCUUUGUAUAAAGAAUCCUGUGAAGCUUACCGGCUUAGUGGGAAAACUUCUGGGAAUUUUACCAUUGAUCCUGAUGGCAGUGGCCCCCUGAAGCCAUUUGUAGUGUACUGUGAUAUCCGUGAGAACCGGGCAUGGACAGUCGUGAGACAUGACAGGCUGUGGACAACUCGAGUGACAGGCUCUAGCAUGGAACGGCCAUUCCUGGGGGCUGUCCAGUACUGGAAUGCUUCCUGGGAGGAAGUCAGUGCCCUGGCCAAUGCUUCCCAGCACUGUGAACAGUGGAUUGAGUUCUCUUGCUACAAUUCUCGGCUACUCAACACUGCAGGAGGUUACCCCUACAGCUUCUGGAUUGGUCGAAAUGAGGAGCAGCACUUCUACUGGGGAGGCUCCCAGCCUGGGAUCCAGCGCUGUGCCUGUGGUCUGGACAAGAGCUGUGUGGACCCCGCCUUGCACUGUAACUGUGAUGCUGACCAGCCGCAGUGGAGAACUGACAAGGGACUGCUGACCUUUGUGGACCAUUUGCCUGUCACUCAGGUGGUGGUGGGGGAUACGAACCGCUCCACCUCUGAGGCCCAGUUCUUCCUGAGGCCUCUGCGCUGCUAUGGUGACCGAAAUUCCUGGAACACUAUCUCCUUCCACACUGGGGCUACCCUUCGCUUUCCCCCUAUCCAUGCCAACCACAGCCUUGAUGUCUCCUUCUACUUCAGGACUUCUGCUCCCUCAGGAGUCUUCCUAGAGAACAUAGCGGGUCCUUACUACCAGUGGCACCGACCUUACAUGCGGGUGGAACUCAACACAUCCCGGGACGUGGUCUUCGCUUUCGAUGUGGGGAAUGGAGACGAGAACCUGACAGUACACUCAGAUGACUUUGAAUUCAAUGAUGAUGAAUGGCACCUGGUCAGGGCUGAAAUCAACGUGAAGCAGGCCCGGCUUCGAGUGGACCACAGGCCCUGGGUGCUGCGGCCCAUGCCCCUGCAGACCUACCUCUGGUUGGAGUAUGAUCAGCCCCUCUAUGUUGGAUCUGCAGAGCUAAAGAGACGCCCCUUUGUGGGCUGUUUGAGGGCUAUGCGUCUGAAUGGAGUGACCCUGAACCUGGAGGGCCGUGCCAAUGCUUCUGAGGGUACUUCACCCAACUGCACGGGUCGAUGUGCCCACCCCCGGUUCCCCUGUUUCCAUGGAGGCCGCUGCGUGGAGCGCUACAGCUAUUACACGUGUGACUGUGACCUCACAGCUUUUGAUGGCCCAUAUUGCAAUCACGAUAUUGGUGGUUUCUUUGAGCCUGGCACCUGGAUGCGCUAUAACCUGCAGUCUGCACUGCGCUCUGCAGCUCAGGAGUUCUCUCACAUGCUGAGCCGCCCAGUGCCAGGCUACGAGCCUGGCUAUAUCCCUGGCUAUGACACUCCUGGCUAUGUGCCUGGCUACCAUGGCCCCGGGUACCGCCUACCUGACUACCCCCGGCCUGGCCGGCCUGUGCCAGGAUACCGUGGGCCCGUGUACAAUGUUACUGGAGAGGAGGUGUCCUUCAGCUUCAGCACCAGCUCCGCCCCGGCUGUCUUGCUCUAUGUCAGCUCCUUCGUGCGUGACUACAUGGCAGUGCUCAUCAAGGAAGAUGGGACCCUGCAGCUGCGCUAUCAGCUGGGCACCAGUCCGUACGUGUACCAGUUAACCACCCGCCCAGUUACAGAUGGUCAGCCCCACAGUGUCAACAUCACCCGUGUCUACCGCAACCUUUUUAUCCAGGUGGACUACUUCCCAAUGACAGAGCAGAAAUUCUCAUUGUUGGUGGACAGCCAACUGGACUCACCUAAGGCCUUGUAUCUAGGCCGUGUGAUGGAGACUGGGAUAAUUGACCCAGAGAUCCAGCGUUACAACACACCAGGUUUCUCAGGAUGCCUGUCUGGUGUUCGAUUCAACAACGUGGCUCCCCUCAAGGCCCACUUCCGAACCCCUCGGCCCAUGACAGCUGAGCUAACUGAGGCCCUUCGAGUACAGGGUGAGCUGUCUGAAUCUAACUGUGGGGCCAUGCCACGUCUUUUCUCUGAGGUGCCGCCUGAGCUGGAUCCCUGGUAUCUGCCUCCAGAUUUCCCAUACUACCAUGAUGAUGGAUGGGUUGCCAUACUUUUAGGCUUUUUGGUGGCCUUCCUGCUGUUGGGACUGGUGGGUAUGUUGGUGCUCUUCUAUCUGCAAAAUCAUCGCUACAAGGGCUCCUACCACACUAAUGAGCCCAAAGCCACCCACGAUUACCAUUCUGGCAGCAAACCUCCUCUGUCUACUUCUGGCCCUGCCCAGCCCUCAGCCCCUACACCAGCUUCCACCAAAGUUACUGCCCCAGCCCCGGCCCCAGCCCCGGCCCCGGCCCCGGCCCCGGCCCCGGCCCCGGCCCCAGCCCCACGGGACCAAAACUUACCCCAGAUCCUGGAGGAAUCCAGGUCUGAAUGAAAAGAAGGGCUCCAGGGGCCAAGUCCCUCUCCAAAUUCCCCAUACCUGUGUCUCUACCCCACCCUGUCAGGGACAUUUGUCUCCUCUAAGUUGGCUCUGCUCAUCUUGAGAAAACUCCUCCUGCCAAGUUUGGUGGGCAGAGCUACAGAUGGGACCAAAGGGAGUGGCUGAGCCUCACUGCCUAAACCAAUGCCCUGCCCGUCCCUAUUUCCCCAGGCCCCUGGAUGUCUGCCUGUCCCCAAGGAUGGGGUUGAGAAAGGCCCUUCCUGCCAUUUCUGUCCCAGCUGCUGCCGGGAAUUAAUACCAGAGCGCAGGGGAGAUUAACUGCCUCCCUUCAAAUAUCCAACCUCAGCGGGGACAGAUGUGUGGGACUGCAGGGAUGCACAGGGUAUGGGGGGAGGAGGCUGCUAAAUCAUAUCCCCCAGCCUCCCCUCUGCCCUGCAGAAUGUCUUCCAUCUGCUUCCACUCAACCUGGGGUUAGGGAGGGCUUCACUGCUGUCACCCAGCCCCCCAUUUUGUUUCUUACAGAGACCGAGAGGCCUCAGUUUAGCACCUUAGUAGUACCUCCGCUGCUUCACUUGCUUUAGCCAAAGCCAUAAGAAAACAAAAAACAAAAAAGCCUUGCAAUGUAGAGAGAAUAAUGCAGACACCCUGACCUGCCAGCCCUCUACACUUCCUCCCUCUUCCAAGAUAUGCAACAGCCUUGGUGCCUGUCUGAAGGCCUACCCCGCCCCACUCCGUUGCAUGAGGAGCCUUCUUUCCUCCACUCAGAGACGCCGCUUUAUUGCCCAGGAGGUCAUAUUCUUUAUAUAUAUUUUUUGGUUGCAAAGUCUCCCUAGGGAAAUUAUAUAUUAUUCUAAUUUUUUAAAUUAUCAGUUUAUAUAUAAAAGAAACAAAAAUCAGUGGAUUGUCCUGUCCUGUGGUCUGUAAUUUGCUUCUCCUGUGUUGGAGUCUCCUGAGGUCUGCUGGUCACUCACCCAGCAUGAUCUAGCCUCCAUGCUGAAGCUGUGCUCUCAGACUCUUUUAAUAAAACUGGGUGGCAGA